AGCCCGUUAGUAAGGCAUUCGCGCCGCCGCCAUGCCAGUAUCAGCUGAGCCAAGCACCGGGGUAGGCACACGCGCACCGGCGGCGGUGAACGGCGGUAACACGUCAAGUGUGGGCGCUGCCACUGACCUGUUUGCAAAUGCCAAGAACAUAAAACCCUAACAAGUACUGAACAAAAAUGACAGUACAGGAAUGGUGUUUAGCAAACACCACAAGUGCCAUAAACACGUGAACCAGUGACGAAAUAGAAGAAAAAAACAAACAACGUGACUGGCUGUUGGUUGGUGGCGGGCUACUGUGAUAGGUAUAUAAGGCUGUGGUGAUGCUGUCUGUGGGGUGGAGGAGAGCUGUGUGCUGUGUGAGAGCUGGCAGCUGCAUCUCUGUGUCACCAAGGAAAUGGCAUAGAGGCAUUAAAGAUUGGACAGGGAGUGCACCACUGGAGGAGGUGGUAAGGACGCGGCGGCAGCAGGCCCAGCGCACCCUGCUUGUGGAGGUGGCAGGGGCAUCCUCGGCUGCAGAACUGUGCAGGGUGUGUGGGCAGCAUGGUAGAGUGCAGGCUCUCUUCCACUACACCCUGCCACCCAGAGGACAUGUCAAGCCCAGAGAGAUGAUCUUAAUAGAAUACAGUGAGGCAACAGAAGCACAAGAGGCCCUGAAGUAUGCCAGCCAUGCCCCCUCCAAAGACUGUCCCCCCUCCCACUCCCCCAUGAUGUGGCUGUCUGCAGGGAGAGGCACCACUACUCCCAAGAAGUCUGACCCUACACCCCCUGUCACCCUCACACCUGUUAUCACACAGGAGGAGGUGUUGCAGAGGUUGUCACAGUGCUCUAGUAUAUCUGAUCAGAUCCAGACUCUUCACGACACGCAGAGACUCACUGAGCUUGGAUGGCGUCUCAGAUUCUUCACAUGUCGACAGGUGGAGUCGUCAUUGUCAGGUCUGUUUCCCUGUGCUGUGGUGCUUCCCUUUGGCUCCUCAGUCAACUCCUUUGGUCAUCGGGACAGUGACCUGGACAUGACCUUAGAGCUGGCGGGGGACGGCACCACACAGGGUGGGUCAGGUCGGCUGGUGUUCCAGGGCAAGCACUCCAGCACGGCGGCCAACCCUCGCCUCACUCUGCAGCGACGGAUGGAGGUCAUUGCUGAGCUCAUUGACCACUUCCUGCCAGGCUGCUCACAGGUCCAAAGGAUUCUCAACGCCAGAGUGCCAAUUAUUAAAUACAAGCAACAAUUGACUGCCAUUGACUGUGACCUCACUAUGUCCAACAGGUCCGGCUACCACAUGAGUCGCAUGCUGCACCUGUACGGCUCGUCAGACAGCCGGGUGGUGCCUCUUGUGGGAGCAGUGAGGCGGUGGGCACGGUGUCGUGGCAUCACCUCCCCCCACGCUGGUCGCUGGAUUACUAACUUCUCUCUCACAAUGAUGGUCCUGACUUACCUCAUGAACACGUCACCUCCUGUGCUCCUGCCCCUCACAGCCCUCCAGGUGAUGCCAGGUGUGGAUGAGGAGACAGGAGAGCCAGUGUUCCGAGUGCCAUCAGAGAGUGCCACCACCGCCGCUGCCACCGCUGCCAGGAACACAGAGUCACUGGAGUCUUUGCUGAGAGGGUUCUUUGAGUUCUUUGAUAAAUUUAACUUCCGGGAGAGAGGAAUGUCAAUUGUGACCGGCAGAAAUUUUGUCAAGCCAGUCCAUUGUGCUUUGUAUAUACAGAACCCCCUGGACCGUGACCUCAACGUGAGCCGCAAUGUGACCCUAGAGGAGGUGGAGAGACUGAAAACUGAGGUCACACAUGCUCGCUAUGUUAUGGAGGCUGAGGCGCAGGAGAGUGACAGCACAGGUGGCGUCUCUGAGGGGUUGUGGGGGGCGCAGCGGCUGUGGUGGCGCAGCAGUUCCGCGGCACAGCGGCACAUUGACACCGUGAUUGACUGGCGUGCUGUGUUCCACUCUGGAGAGAACAGUAAAGGGAAGGAACUGCCUAACCUGGUGUCUAAACUGAAGCAGAAGGCACAACAGAGGAAGAAUCAGACUCCCAGGUACACUCGUAAAGGGAAGAUACUCUGAGCUGCCUCUCUUCUUGCUUGGAGCCUUCACCACUUACACACUGAUUUCUUUACUCUGUGGUGGGUCUUCUUGGUAACUUCCAGGCUCUGAUUCAAUAUACAGGCUGAUUAUGUACGUUUAUCCAUCUGUUAACCUUUUCAAUUCUGGGACACAAUUUUACCUUGAGUUUUGGGUGUGAUUGGACCAUUAUGACAUUAAGAAGGGUCGAUGAAGGUCAGACUCUCAAUGGCCACAGUCUUCACUAGUUUAACCCCCACAUGGGUUUUUGAAGCUGUAAAAAUUCACCAAAUAGUAAGUAGAAUGAAAAAAAAAAAAAAAUGCUACUGAAGGGGUUAAAUGCAAGGAAGGUUGUCCAGGUUGUCUUGGUUACUGAAGAAAACAAAAAAAGUUUUUUUAGGACAAUAAAUGAGAGUAACUGCCCAGCCUGGUGUCUAAAUAGAAGGCAUAGCAGAUUCUCACUUAAAAAGGAAAGUAACUGUAAACAACCUGUUUUCUGUGUUUAAGUCUAGUUAAUACUCUGAAUACUUAAAGCCUAGUCCUUGGUAUUCCAAUAUUAGGAUUAGAGGUAGACAAGUUCAGAUUUCUUGUACUUGUAGCUCUAAGACUGGACCAAAAGUGAUGAGACCAGAAGAAGUGAGAAAGUAAGUGAUCUUCCUUCUGUGUUUGUGUGGCAGGACUUGCUAGCCAGGUUCUGCUUUGCUGUGUCUUACCAGCAGAAGUGAUUGUGUGUCUGUAAUAUAUUGACUGGUGGUUCCUGCUCCUCACCAGAACAUUUGUAUUACUUGUGGAAAUAUAAAUCAUGCUGUACAUAAUUUGUAA